AUGGCACCCUGGACGAAACCCGAGUCGUCGCCAGCCUCCAACGGCCAACUCCCCCGAGCAACGGAUGAGCGCACGCCUCUCCUCCAGGUCGACGAGCCAACGACCCCUCUGCCUAUCACCCAGCAGGACGCGGACGCCAUCCCGCCGAAUGACUUUGACAUCCUCCUGUCGCGGUCCCUCCCCACCUCGGGCCCCUUCCUUGAGCCCGAGUCGACCGUGAACCCACUCCUCCGCGGUCCCCGCCGCUACAGCACCGCCUCCAAGAACCGCCGGCCCUCGCUCGCCAGCCGCUCUGACCGCGAUGCUGUCGCCGACUCCGCCGCCGCUGCCUACUCCGACGACGAUCGAGACCGCGACUCGGACGACGCCGUCUCCGUCAGCAGCGCCGCCUCGACCCCGUAUCUCAAUGGCAUCUCCCGCUCCCGCUUCUGGUUCAUCUUCGCCGAGAUCCUGCUGACCUACUUCAUCGCCUGCUUCGACGGCACCAUCAUGGCUUCGUCCCACCCCGUCAUCACCUCCUACUUCCACGCCUCCCACAGCGCCUCGUGGCUGUCCACCGCCUUUCUGCUGACCUCGUCCGCCUUCCAGCCCUUGCUUGGCCGCCUGUCCGACAGCAUCGGCCGCAAGCCGCCCUACGUCGCGACCAUGGUCAUCUUCACCUUCGCCACCAUGUGGUGCGCCCUCGCCCAGAGCAUGACGAGCUUCAUCUUCGCCCGCGCCCUCUGUGGUCUCGGUGCGGGGGGCAUGAUGACCCUGGGCAGCAUCAUCGUCAGCGACCUGGUCCCGAUCGAGAACCGCGGCGCGUACCAGUCGUACAUCAACAUGAUCUAUGGCGUCGGGUCCGCCCUCGGGGCCGCCCUGGGCGGCGCCAUGGCCGACCACCUCGGCUGGCGCUGGGAGUUCGGCGUCCAGGUCCCGCCCCUGAUCCUCUGCUGCGUCAUCGCCGUUAUCGCCGUCCCCAGCGACCUCGGCCUCGCCGGCAAGCGGGAGACCUUUGUCCAGGCGCUCAAGGCCUUUGACUUCAAGGGCUCCAUCCUCCUGACCACGUCAAUCACCUUCUUCGUCCUUGGUCUGAACCUGGGAGGAAACAUCCUGCCGUGGUCCCACCCUGUCGUGAUCGCGUCGCUCGUCAUCUUCGGUGUCUGCUUCCCCGUCUUCCUCUACGUCCAGUCCUACGUCGCCCGUCCCAUCAUGCCCCUCUACCUCGUUCGCCGGUCGCCGCGCAUGAACAUCAUCUUCUCCAACUUCUUCGCCGCCCUUUUGAGCAACGCCAUCCUCUUCAACAUUCCCCUCUUCUUCCAGGCCGUCCUCCUGACGACGGCCACCUCCUCCGGCCUGCGCCUUGUCAUCCCCUCCCUCGUCUCCUCGGCGGUUGGCACCGCAACGGGUUUCCUCAUCACCUACACCCGCCGCCUCAAGUGGCCUGUCCUCACCGGCGCCGUCGCUCUCCUCGUCGGCACCGUCGCCCUCUCCAGCAUGCGCCGCGGCUGGGCCUCGUGGGUCUACCUCUUCUGCCUGGUGCCCUCCUCCAUCGGCCAGGGCUUCCAGUUCCCGGGUUCCUUCAUGGCCAUUCUCGUCGCCAGCGAGCAGCGCGAGCAGGCCGUCGUCACGAGCACCCUCAUCCUCUGGCGCUCGCUCGGCAUGGUCCUCGGCGUCGCGAGCAGCAGCCUCGUCGUGCAGAACGCCCUCGUCGGGUAUCUCGACGAGUACGUCCAGGGGCCCGACAAGGACGAGGUCAUCCGCAAGGUCAGGGAGAGCGUCGAGUCCAUCGUCAAGCUGCCCGAGCUGUACCGCGAGCAGGUCGUCAUGAGCUACGAGGCGGCGCUGAGGACGACUUUCUUGUGUUGCACCGUGAUAGCCUUCCUGUCGGUGUGCCUAUUGGUCCCCAUCAAAUUGCCCAGGCUCGGCUCGAGGAAGUAAGAUCGGACGCGAACCAGUGUGUUGCUGUUGUUCUUGGUAAAACGAAAAGUCGAUCUUUAUUGUGGUACAUUGUAGCAUCUUGCAUGGCAUCUAGCGGAGCGUUCCAAGGAGCGACAUCAUACAGCUUCAAAUUUGUCGUGUCCAGGCAGUCGUAGUAGUAGUAGUAGCAGUGGUUAUGGUAGUAGUGGUACUACUACUACUAACAAUCUUCCCUUCAUCAUCCUGUAAUAUUACACAUGUUUUCAGUAAUGCCCAUUGACCCCGUUAGCCCGCAGAGCAUCAAGUUCGUCCUUCGUCUUGCGAUACAGCUCUUGUGCCUCGCGUUCUCUUGUGCUGACGAAGCCGACCUCGUCUCUCAACGCGGCCAGACGUCGCUGGAUCGCGACUUCUUCCGAAAUAGCUAGUGUCUUGAAUCCGCUGAGUGCAUUGUCCGCCUUUUCCAGUGCCUCGGCGGCCGCGCCGAUCUUGUCCUUCAGCAUCUUCUGUCGCUUCUGGUAUCCACCCAGAUGCAAGCCCAGCUUCUUCUCAAGCUUGAUACCCUCCUCGGCGGUAGUCGCGAUCGAGUCUUGAAUAGACUCAAAGGCCUCUUUCAUGGCCGCCUCCUCUUCCUCUUCGUCGUCGCCGUAACAUCCCAAGCCAAGUAAGAAUGAGUUCUUGCUGCGGCUCUCGAAUGAAGCUUGGAUCUCGGCCGCAGGAGGUUUCGGCUUUGUCUCUGACAGAAUCUGAAGGCGUGCCUCGGCCAAGUCAUCGUCGCUGAUGGUGUCCAAACGAGGGGCGAUCCCGCUGACUUUAGACCCGGGCAAAGGGUACUUGACGGCAUCGUUGGCGACCAGCGCGGCAGCUUCUCUAGCGAUGAGCAACUGGGCGGUGUCCUGGAUUGCUUCGGCACUUGAUAACAGUGCGGACACGUCGACUUUGACCGGCCGAGGCAACUGUCUCUGCAUGACUUGUGUCCGCCUCCGCGCUUCCAGAGCUUCCUGCGCUGCCCUGAACUCGCGUUCCCGGCGAUCCCUUUCACCGGCAUCUUCCAUGAGCAUGUCCUCGUUGGCGGCCACCUCCCGUUGGUCUUCGGGAAGCUCAAGCUCCCAUUCGGUGUCUUUGGGCUUGGGCAGAGACGCUAGGCCUUGCUUGAGUUGGCUGCGCAGGGCCAUCUGUCGCAGUUUGACAUCCUGGGGUGUCGCCGAGACGAGGGCCUGGGUCCCAUCGGCGUUCAAGGCAAAGCUGUCGCGAGGUGUCCUCAUCGGAGUCUGUCCAACACGUGCAGGAGUCUGGCCGACACCAUUGGCAUGCAUCGGAGUCGCCAGGGGGUUCGGUGUUGCGACGACUUGCUUGCGAGGGGCGACACCGUCAAACCCGGUCGACUCGGAUCCUUCGUGCAGAGGCGUGUUCUCUCCACCUAGCAAUGAGGACUGGGUGUUUGUCAAGGCUCUAAUGUUCCGGAUCUCGUUGGCGAUGUGGUCUUCUUGGGCAGGGGCUCGUGGGGUUCGAAUUGGCGCGUUGUUGUUCAAGGUCGAGUAUUCGCUGAUUAGUCCCCGGGUUGCAUCGUUGUCGCUUUCGCGCGCCAUCAUGCUUGCCCUCUCGCCCAUCAUGCCCAUCUUGACGAUUUCCUCCAAUUCGCCCUCGCUCACCUGGGGAGCUGGCAGGUUCAGCGCCCUCCUCUUGCUGCUCUGCUCGGCCUCUCGGAUCUUCUGCAUCUGACCGGCCUUCACGGCGGCUUGGAACGAUGCUGAGGGCGCAUCCUUCUCCUUCUUCCUCCUCUUGCUCUCGCCGUCGUCGUCGCCAUCGCCCUUGCGCUUGCUUGCAAUCUGCUGUUUUCUCGGGUCGAACGCCUCGCGCUGGUGCUCGUUGCGGACCUGCUCUUCGACGGUGUCGUAGAAGCCCGGGGCGGCUUUCCUCUCAAAAGGGAUGUCGGCGUUGUAGUCCAUCUGGCCCUUCUUGCGUGUGACGACCUUGAUGUUGAUGCCGGCCGUCUUGAGCUCACGGCGCUUCUGGAGGGCGGCCAAGCGGCGCGACUCCUCCUGCUGACGUUCUCUAGCCUUCCUCUUCGCUUUUUUUCCUUGUGUGUUUGCGAGACGUGCUCUCGCUUCGCUCAGCAUCUCCUUUUCAUCUUCGUCGAGGUCGAUCGUAUCGGGUCGGGCCGGCUUGCUUUCGGGGUCCGGAUCGACUUCGCCGGGGCGCAAUCUUCUAACAUCGUCGGCGCUAGGCGCGGAUGCCUCGCCUCCGUCUAUGCCUGUUAGGCCAAACUGGCCGGCCUCUCUAGCUUCUGCUUCGUCGAGGAGCUUCUGGUAUCGUUCCAGACAUUGGUUGGCGGUUCGGCCGACAGCGGGUGCGAUGGUACGCCAUUGGGUGGGCAUGAGCUUGGCGAGGUGGAGGAGCUUUUCGUCUUCUUCUUUGCUCCAUUCCGUCUUCUUGAUGCUCGGAUCCAACCACUCGUUCCAUCUGGCCUUGCAUUGCUUCGGAGUCUUGCGGGCGAGCAGCGACGAAACACGCGCCCACUGGUUCAGGCCAUACUUGGAAACGGAGGCCUUGAGGAUUUCAUCCUCGAUGUUGGUCCAGACGCCUCCCUUGACGACACCCAUUUUGGAGUACCUGAUUGAAUAAAUCGGGUCAGUGGCGUGGUUGUUGUCGUUGUCGUUGUCGAAAGUCCCCGUCGCGAGGGCGUCCGUUGCGCAAAGGAAAUUGAGUCGCGAGGCCAAUCGUCAAGGAUUUAGG